GCCACCCGUUUUGCAGGCACGAUGGUGACCUACUGCCUGCCACCUUACUCCUUUUAUUUCCAGCACACGCACUCGACAUGACCGAUCAAUAUGACUGCGCGCUCGACUUGAUGCGCCGCCUUCCUCCCAAAAAUGUAGAAGAGAACCUCAACAAGUUGCUCGACUUGGUCAAUCCUGACCUAGGUGAUGAACUUCUCUCGGCCAUCGACCAGCCAUUAAAAGUGAGACGCUGUCAACAAACGGGCAAGGACUAUUUGAUUUGCGAUUACAACCGAGAUGGCGACUCUUACCGCUCACCUUGGAGCAAUGAAUACGACCCCGAACUUCCGGACGGUGCACUUCCCUCGCCGACAUUACGAAAGUUGGAAGUAGCAGCCAAUGAAGCAUUCGAUACUUAUCGUGAAAUGUACUACGAAGGUGGCAUUUCCUCUGUUUAUACUUUCGAUUUAGAUGAUAAAUUUGCGGUUGUUGUGCUGAUCAAAAAAGUUGGCGAUGGUGUCCGUCGGAUGAAAGGAGCCUGGGAUUCAAUCCACGUGUUUGAGGUUCAAGAACGAGGCCGUAACGCUCACUACAAGUUGACAUCUACCGUGAUGCUAUACAUGAUUACCAACAGCCAAGACCUUGGUAACCUGAAUUUAAGUGGAAGCAUGACACGCCAGUCCGAGCAAGAUUUUGCUGUGGAUGAUCCAUCGGCACACGUUGCGAACAUUGGUCGUAUGGUGGAGGACAUUGAACUCAAGAUGCGAAACUCCUUACAAGAAGUCUAUUUUGGCAAGACACAAGAUAUCGUCAACGACCUUCGCAGCCUAGGGUCCCUAGAAGAAAGUCGACAACAGGCUCGCAUUCAGCAAGAAAUUGUUGGUAGAUUGAUGGAAAGAAAUACCCGUUAAUAAGAAGCAAACACAAAAUCACCGCAAUCAUCAAUACAACCCAUAUUCCAGCCCAGAAAAUAGUUGUUGAUCUUCUCCGAUGUUGUCCGUGCGCAUUUUCUUUUCUUCUGUAUGUUGUGUUCGACGUAGGAAGUAGAUGAUCGCUGCUGUCCGCAUAGACCAAGACAUCCUGGCAAGAAUUGAUCCUUUGAAUAUGCUUGAAAUGCUUCCUUAAAUAACCGAGGCCCCGCGUCGGAAUAAUGAUGAUGAUCUAAAUUAAUGCAUCGCUAAUAUACAUAAAAUACCGCG